UUAUUAUUUAUUUAGAAACCAAUAAGUUUUAGUCAACAUCCCGCAUUUUUUGAUUUCCCGAUUCCGUUCAAUUGUGAACGAAACCCUUGUCGCGCAUGUAGUUUUGACACCGUAACCUUGUAGCUAAUACACCGAAAUUAAAUUCAUUUAACAAUGUUAAUUUAUAAAUGUUAAACAUUAAGAUAUUAAUUAUAACUAACAAAUGCGAUAAAUUUUAGUAAACUUCCCGCUCACCGCUUUUCAUUUACCAUUUCCGUUCAAAUGUGAACAAACCCGCGUCGCGCAUGUUGUCAUGACAACCACCAAGACCCAAGUACGCCGAAAUUCAAUAUAUUUAACACGGUUAAUUAUUACACCUUACACUUAAAUUAUAUACAAAACGAUGUCUAAAGUAGCAAAUGUUAAUUCCAGUUUUGCAUACGAAAUCUUAAUGUACCUAAACUCAUUUUAUUUAGGAAUGUUUUUCGUUUGCGAAGUGGCCAUGGGUAUUUUAAAAGCGAUAAAUGUUUCCUACCCAGAAAAUGCUUUAUUGACUGAAGCUGGUAUAUUUUGUGCGUUAUGUUUGGUAGAAGUCAUGCGUAUAUUUCUUGGCAGGAGAGGAAACCUUGCUAGUAAAAAGGUACCUGUAUUUUUCUCAGUCAUCCUAACAAUACCAUCAGCUGUUGGAGUAUGCUAUUUUCUUAUUUAUCAAACAUAUAUUCUAAGACUUGAAUAUAUUUGGUGUGCUGUAAUGUUAAUAUUUCAUGCAUUAGAGCUAGCUUUUGCUAUUCUCUUCAUUUUUACAGUGUGUAAAAAUCAUCAGUAUGAAUAGAAUAGGUUUAAAAGUACCUCCUUGCCAAAAAAAUAUUAAUUUUUAUCCUACUUCAUUUCGCAGGGAUUCUUUCUUUUAUACAUUUAUUAAAGGAGGUACCUUGAAAAAUACAGUUUUUUAUAAUAUUCAUAAAAACUAAAUCAGUCUCAUUAUGCUGUAUUAAAUAAACAUGGCUGUGUCAUGUUCUCACCAGAACAUGAACAGUAAGACUAUAUAUGACUAUAAGACUGAAUGAAAUCUUUGUCACAAAUAGCUGAAUUUCAUAUAAAAAUGUCUUUACCUAGAAAAGCCAAGACAAUUUCUUAGGAUCACAUUAUGUAAAUAUUCAUUCUUCUUAAUAUAUCUAAUUAAUUACAUUACCAUAAUUAUGAUAAAUGUUUCUUUGAAUUAGCAAAAAUAAGCACAGAAUAAUAAUUAAGAA